AUGCGCCUCCUGCAAAGCACAGAUAAGGUCCUGCAGGGACAUCUUGUCAGCUUCUCCAGUCAGAGAAUCCCCCUUAGUGCUCAGAAGAUGGAUCACAGCCUGUCCUUUCUGUUCAGCCUCUGGCCUCAACCUCUGAAUCACAAAUAUUCUCCAGCUGCGACUCAGACAAGGGCAGACAUGAACCCAGAAGCCCAACAGGAUGUUUCAGUUUCCCAGGGAAUUCGCAUGUUGUUUUACAUGAUGAAGCCCAAUGAAACGUCAUUCCAAACACUGGAAGAGGUGCCCGAUUAUGUAAAACAGGCAACUCCAUUUUUCAUUUCCUUAAUGCUUCUUGAACUGGUUGUCAGCUGGGUUCUCAAAGGGAAGCCACCAGGUCGUUUGGAUGAUGCAUUAACAUCAAUAUCAGCCGGCAUUCUUUCUCGGCUUCCAAGUUUGUUUUCCAGGAGCAUCGAACUGACCACUUACAUUUAUAUCUGGGAGAACUACAGGCUCAUUAUUUUGCCUUGGGAUUCUCCAUGGACUUGGUAUUUAACAUUCUUGGGAGUUGAUUUUGGCUAUUACUGGUUCCAUCGCAUGGCCCAUGAGGUUAACAUUAUGUGGGCUGGACACCAAACCCACCACAGUUCCGAAGGCUACAACUUAUCCACAGCCCUGAGACAGUCUGUUCUCCAAAUAUAUACGUCCUGGAUAUUCUACACUCCCUUGGCCCUCUUCAUACCACCUGCAGUAUAUGCUGUUCAUCUUCAGUUCAAUCUUCUCUACCAAUUUUGGAUCCAUACAGAGGUCAUUAAUAACCUGGGUCCCUUGGAACUGAUUCUUAAUACUCCCAGCCAUCACCGAGUUCACCAUGGCAGAAACCGUUAUUGCAUUGACAAAAAUUAUGCCGGCGUUCUUAUUAUAUGGGAUAGAAUUUUUGGGACAUUUGAGGCAGAAAAUGAAAAAGUUAUAUAUGGUCUAACACAUCCCAUUAAUACGUUUGAACCAUUCAUGGUGCAGUUCCACCAUUUACUUUACAUAUGGACUACAUUCUGGGCCACACCUGGAUUCUUCAAUAAGUUUUCUGUCAUAUUUAAAGGACCAGGAUGGGGUCCAGGUAAACCAAGACUUGGACUAAGCGAAGAAAUCCCAGAGGUCACGGGGAAAGAAGUGCCCUAUGCGUCAUCGGUGUCCCAACUAUUAAGGAUAUAUGCAGUUGUACAGUUUGCCUUGACGCUAGCAUUUUAUGAAGAGACCUUUGCAGAUAAAGCUGCACUGUCACAAGUGACCCUCCUUCUGAGGGUUUGCUUCAUCAUUCUGACAUUGACCUCCAUUGGAUUUCUUCUGGAUCAAAGACCUAAGGCAGCAGUUCUGGAAACUUUCCGUUGCUUGGGGUUCUUAAUGUUGUGCAGAUUUGGUCAUCUGAAGUCUUUCACUCCUUCUCUGUCAUUUGCUUUUGAGAUUUUUUUUUCCAUCUGCAUUGCUUUCUGGGGAUUCAGAAGCAUGAAACAAUUUGCCUCCGGCCCUUGGAAAUAAGUUUGUACUCAAUUCUCUUGUUUUAAUCAGUAGUCCACAGCCACAGUAUAUUAUGGCUUGUGGUAAUAUACUUAUCUUCUAUAAUGAUUAUGUGAACCAUUUCUUUAAUGAAAGGUAAAUAUGCUUAUCAACUUUUGCUUGCUUUCCGUAUCUGUUAUUUUCUAUUAAAAUUAAAGUCUGCUGCAAUUCUUUCCUUUAUUGCUAGGGUGGAAAGCAAGUGAUUUCAAAUACAGUCAUAUUAUAUUCACUUGUAGCAUCUAAGUCAAAGAGUGUAAGAAAAGGAAGGGAGAAAACUUAAAAGGAUGAAGUUUUUCACUUGCAUGUUUGGACAACUUUUCCUUUGCUGUAUGCUAAAAUUGUGCUUUGAUAAGUAUCUGUUGUCAUAAAAAAUGUGUUACAUUAGUUGUCUGCCGAAGGCUCUAUUUACCUUUGAAAACCACAUAACCUAAGCAGCCACAUUUCAGAAAAAGACAUCAUGGAAAUGAAAAUGAAUAGAAUUUGUCACAAUUUGUUUAUUCAACAGAUCAGCGCAUAUGCCUAAUACGUUUGGUCAGUUUGUUUCGGCAAUUUCAAGGGUCUGCAGUCAGGUAUCCUCUGUUGUUUGAAAGCUUGUGUGAUGCUUUGCUUUUACGUGGUUUGAAAGACCUCCAUUAGUACUUAUUUUCACUAACUGAAAGAAAUGGUCACUUUUACCAAAAAAAGUCAGGUGUUUUUAAAACCUGUAGUUUCAGCAACCUGUAAUUCAGUGUUUGGGGUUUCCCUUGCCAUCUGAAAGUACAGCCUUCUUGUGAAAUCUUUCAUCAGCCAAAAUGGUAUAAAGUGAAGAAGCAAUUACCAUUAAUUUAUAUGGAAAAUUUUUUGAGCAUUCCCAGACCCCCCAGAAAAUCUCUCAUAGGUUUUUCUGAUAUGUUAAGACACAUCUUGCUAAUGGAUGAACAACAGAAAUCAGAAUAAAGCACACAUGCCCAGAGACACAGUUCAAACCUCCGGCAGCCUGAUGCUAAGAUGCUGAGUGUCAUUCCCUGGGAAGGAGCUUGACCCUGUGGCUCUUGCUGCUUGAGGUGUGUGCAGCCUCUGUAACUGCUCACUGCAAAAAAUUAAAAAAUCAAAAAACCGCCAAGUGUUAUUUUUGCUUUUCAUCCUUUUUCAUAGAAGGGAAAAAUGUCUUCAUGUUUCUUAAAGGUUACGGAAAAUGGGUACUAAUAUACUUAGUACCCAAUACUUAGGUCUUUUGUAAAAGUGAAGUGGUUUCAUUAAGGCAAAACUUUGAAAAGUGAGGAAUACCUGUAUUUUAAAGAGUCACAAUAAUGUUAAUAAACAUUUCUAAAUAAGUGUUUCCUAA